UUACGAUGACAUUCGCUGAACUUCUCGACCGGCUUGGGGGGAUGGGCCGCUUCCAGGUCCUCCAUGUGGCCCUACUGGUGACCCCGGUCUUGCUGACAGCCAGUCACAACCUUCUCCAGAACUUCUCAGCAGCUGUCCCUGAACAUCACUGCCAGAUCAGACUUCUCGGCAAUGACACGCACCCGCGUACCAACAGGACUCUGGAGCCUGCGACGGAAGAGGAUCUGCUGUGGAUCUCCAUCCCCAAAGAUCGGGCCGGUAAGCCAGACAAAUGUCGGCGGUUUGUCACUCCGCAAUGGCAUCUCCUUAACUCAAACGCCACUGAUGCCAACUGGACUCAGGCAGACACCGAACCGUGCCACGACGGAUGGAUCUAUGACAGAAGCAUUUUCACCAACACCAUCAUCAUGGAGUGGGAUCUGGUGUGUAACUUGAGGACCCGGAGACAGAUGGCCCAGUCUAUUUACAUGGGGGGAGUGCUGGCAGGCGCUCUUGUGUUUGGAAGCUUAGCUGACAGGUUUGGGCGGAAAUCAGUGCUUAGCUGGUCCUACCUGCAAAUGGCUGUUUCUGGCCUGUGCACGGCCUUCUCCCCAACUUUAACUGCCUACUGUGUGUUCCGCUUCCUGGUUGGCAUGGCGCUCUCCGGGAUUAUCCUGAACUGCAUGUCUCUAGUCCUCGAGUGGGUGCCGACCAAAGUUCGAACUGUUGCUGGGACUGUGGUGGGCUACUCUGCAACCAUCGGGCAGAUCAUCCUUCCUGGACUGGCCUACGCCCUCCCCGACUGGCGCUGGCUUCAGUUUACUGCUUCCAUGCCUUUUUUUGCUUUCUUCCUCUAUUCCUGGUGGUUUGCUGAAUCUGCACGUUGGCUGGUUCUUUCCGGCAAGCCAGAGCAAGCUGUAGAAGUCCUCAAGAAGGUGGCUGAGAUCAAUGGAAAAAAGGAAGAAGGGGAAAAGCUCACAACAGAGGUUUUGAAAUCUAACAUGCAGAAAGAAAUGGCCCUGGCAAACUCCUCCUACACGUUCGUCAGCUUGGUCCGUACACCCACCGUACGCCGGAUCUCCUGCUGUAUUUCCAGUGUUUGGUUUGCUACUAGUUUCUCCUACUACGGCCUCGCCAUGGAUCUUCAGAACUUCGGUUUCAGCAUCUACCUGAUCCAGGUGGCUUUUGGGUCUAUCGAUAUCCCAGCCAAGCUGAUUGCUGCCAUCGAUCUCCAAACCCUGAGAACAUCCUUGGCGGUAAUUGGGAAAGGAUGCCUGGCAUCAUCCUUCAACUGCCUCUAUCUCUACACAGGAGAACUUUACCCGACAGUGAUCAGACAGACCGGGAUGGGGCUAGGCAGCACCCUGGCUCGUGUGGGGGGCAUAGUGGCACCGAUGGUAAGGAUAACGGGGGAAUAUUUCCCAUACCUCCCGCCGAUCAUAUAUGGGACAGCCCCGAUCCUGUCGGGGGUUGCGGCCAUCUUUUUGCCGGAGACACGCAACAUGCCACUUCCGGACACCGUCGAGGAAGUCGAGAGCGGAGCAGCUCAGCAGUCGAAGCUCCUUGAAAAUGCCGUGACCACUGCCAAAGCCGCAGCUGUGUCCUGUGGCAAGAACACCCCAUUAAUCUAG